AUGUUUGUAUUAAGUCGAAUCAAUCCUAAUACAUCAUUAGAAGAAUUACGUCGUAUUCUAGUGGACUUGGAUUCAAAUAUUCAUGAACAGAAACUCAAUAAUACCUAUCGAUCCAGCGUCAAAUUUCACAAUCAUAGCAACGAUCAUAAUGAGCGUCGUUAUUUAAAUUCAGAUACAAAUACAAAUCGAAAUGCAACACCAACAACAAGAACAUCAAAAAUUAAUCCACCGAGUCCAUGUCCACUUUGUCAGGGACGGCACUGGAAAGAUGAUUGUCCAUUAUUACGACAACAACAACGAGGCUUAUUUAAUAACAGAUCAGUGUUAACAAGAAACGUAUAUGCCAGUAAAAUUAAUGACACAUCAAAUAUCCACAUCGAAGAAUUAAUAAUACAAUAG